AUGGAGCCAAAGCUCCCCCAAGGUCUUGUGGCUAUGUCCAGUGUGUCGCCCAGCGAGAUCUUGGAGCAGGAUACAUUAAGUAACGGUGUUUACAAGAACUUUUGGCAAGCCUACUCAACCUCCUACCUAGCCAGCAAAGAUGAGAUCGAGCGUCGCCUAGAAAAUCUCUUCUGGAGGAUAUGGGGCACUAAACGACUCUCGAGCCGCAUAAAUUCCCAUACCCUAAAUCGUCUUAUUAUGCGCAUCAAGGCAUCGGCAGUAUUAGUCGGACAAAGGGUGACCGUCCCACCGUUGCCUGGGACCGGCGACAAAGAAGAAAAGGUAAACACAAGUUUGUUCCACAUCGCACCAUGUCAAUCCCAUAUUGACGAUUCAUGCAAGCCCAUCAAUAAGAAUCCGUCAGGCUGCGCUGCCGGAGCCUGUUCUCCUCACUCAAUAUUGAAAAAGCCGCAGCCUUCACAGGUUGAAACAUAUAAAGCAACUCGGUUGCUCCUUGAUACUCCUCUCGGCACAAAAAUAACGCUCGACCCUUCCAACUCACCCACCGCAAGCAUGGCUGAUGAACCCGCCACCAAUCUAGGCAAUCAGCAUCACAAGACGAUGGACGCCGAGCCCACCCUGAUGCCAGAGAAGGUUGGCAACCAGGGUUCCAAGAAGACAUCCAUAGCUGGUAACUCCACUGCUAUUCCAGAGAACGUGGGCCAGCAAGGUCCCAAGAAGACCUACCUUACUGCGACACGCUCUGGACGAGGCCCACGCCGCCGCCCAGUCUUCAACCGCCGCAAGUCCUCGCAAACAUCCAUCCCGAAAGUGGCACCUCCAAUCCGCCGGUGCUCUGAGCCCACCACCAAGGCCGAUGGAGCCGACACCGUCUACGAAGACAGCUAUGUAGAGCUGGGUCUGUUGCAGCACCUCAGCUUCCGUGACGAGGAAGACCAAAUCGCGCGCGAUCUCGGACGUGAGAUUGCGCCUGAGCCAAAGCCUGCCAAGCCGUCUGUUCCACUGUUCGACGAUGAAUUUCUUGAUGAAUCUUCCGCCGCCGAGGUUGCGAAAGUAGCACAGAAGACGUGCCCUGUUCCUUUUCCGCGAGCUUCUUCCCUUCGGCACCCGAUGUUGAGCCCUGAGGAUUUCUGCAAGAUCACACCUUCAUUCAAUGUUAAGGAGAGCCACCUUGACAUGCCUGGUGGACCGCAGCUUUCUUCUCCUGAUGAGGUCGAGGGGGACUGGACGGAUAUCGAUGCUCUCGAUUCGACACUUCCUGUCCUACAACCUUUCAAGAACUUGGUCUCACACCAUGAGACUGUUGACCCAAAUCUCCCUGCUGCCCAACCUACUAUUGUCCCCGUUGUCAAGGAGGCCUCCUUGCUGACGUCUGCUAUGAAGGGAGUGAAGCUAUGA